GUUAAGCUGCGCAGCGUUUUACCGGCCGCUAUGAUACGUUCAACAUUAGCCUCUGGCGCCUUCUUUCAGCGACUUGUAUUGUUUUCUGCAUAAAGGAAAGUCCACUAAAAAGGUCAACGCGUUGUUAUAUGUGAACUUAUUGGUAUUAAACCCGGUGUGAGAAGCAGUGUAGGGCUCGCGCUCCCAAAGACUCUGUUGUGUUUCAGUGUCCGGAAGUUGUGAGGGGGAAAAGUAGGAAAGGCAUGAACAAAAAAAAGAGGUGGAAGAAACUUCUGACCAAUUUUUCCUCCGAGCCCAUUGAAACCACCGGUUUCUCUGGUGAAUCUCACCACGGGCACGGUUGAGGUGUCUUACUUUACGUGAUCUAAUAGUUAGUAUUGUGCAUUAAUUGAUCGAUAUGGGUCUGCCGACGCUGGAGUUUAGUGACUCUUUCCUGGACAGUCCGGAGUUCAGAGAGCGGCUGCAGUGCCAUGAGAUCGAGCUGGAGCGCACCAACAGGUUUAUAAAAGACCUCAUCAAAGAUGGAAACAUGCUCGUGUCUGCGCUCAGAAGUCUUUCUCUUGCUGUUCAACGGUUCUCUCAGUCUCUGCAGGAGUUUCAGUUUGAAUGUAUUGGAGACGCUGAGACUGAUGAUGAGAUCAGUAUAGCUCAGUCCUUGAAGGAGUUCUCUCAGCUCUUGAGCACCAUGGAAGAGGAGAGAAAACGACUGAUCCAGAAUGCCGAUGACGUGUUGAUCUCACCCCUCGAGAGAUUUCGUAAGGAGCAGAUUGGAGCUGUUAAGGAGGGAAAGAAGCAGUUUGACAAGGAGACAGAAAGGUACUACUCUGUUCUGGAGAAACACCUCAGCGUGUCCUCCAAAAAGAAGGAAUCACAGCUACACGAGGCCGAUUCACAGAUGAGUAAGGACAGGCAGGUUUUUUAUGAUGCAUCGCUGCAGUAUGUCUUCAAGAUCCAAGAAGUGCAGGAGAGAAAGAAGUUUGAAUUUGUGGAGCCGUUAUUAGCCUUCCUGCAGGGUUUGUUUACAUUCUACCAUGAGGGUUACGAGCUGGCCAAUGAGUUUGAACCCUACAAGCAGCAGCUUCAGUUCAACCUGCAGAAUGCUCGCAAUAACUUUGAAAGUACGCGUGCUGAGGUUGAGAGGCUGAUGAAGAGGAUCCGGUCUGCAGAAGAAGACUUCCAAGCCCCCAGUGUCUUUACCAUGGAGGGAUACCUGUAUAUACAGGAGAAACGUCCAUUGGGCAGUGUGUGGACCAGAUACUACUGUACCUAUGAAAAAAGCUCCAAGAUGUUCACCAUGAGCAACACAGAGGCCAGACCAGCCAGCAGACAGAACGGCGUGGUGAACGGUACGCCUGAGAUGUUCAAGCUGCGCUCUUGUGUCAGAAGGAAGACAGAUUCAAUUGACAAACGCUUCUGCUUUGACAUCGAGGUGGUGGAGAGACAUGCCGUCAUCACCCUGCAAGCACUCUCUGAGGCAAACAGGCGGCUGUGGAUGGAGGCAAUGGAUGGAAAAGAACCUAUUUACACUCUGCCUUCUUUACUGAGUAAAAAGGAGGAGACAUUUCUCAACAAGGCAGGCUUCAACUUUGUUAAGAAGUGUAUCGAGCUGGUUGAAACGAGAGGCAUUACCACCCUGGGACUGUACAGGACUGGGGGAGUCAACUCCAAAGUGCAGCGGUUGAUGACGAGUGUGUUUGCAUCCACAGCUCCCACUGACAUGCAGCUGGAUGCAGAGGCCUGGGACAACAAGACCAUCACCAGCGGUCUAAAGAAUUAUUUCAGGUGUCUGGCAGAACCAGUACUGACCUACAGACUGCAUAAAGAAUUCAUCAAGGCUGCAAAGUAUGACAACCAGAAGUAUAGAGUGAGAGCAAUUCAUGCUCUUGUACACAAACUACCAGAAAAAAACAGAGCUAUGUUGGACAUCCUAACCAACCACCUUCACAAGGUGUCCUCUCACAGUGACCAGAACCUGAUGACUGUGUCCAACCUGGGAAUGAUCUUCGGCCCCACGCUGAUGAGGUCGCAGGAGGAGACGGUGGCUGCUAUGAUGAACAUCAAGUUUCAAAACAUUGUGGUGGAGAUUAUCAUUGAGAACCACCACAAGAUAUUUGGUGAGGCCCCAGACCUGUCGGUGCCGUUACCUCAGCCUCCAUCCUCUCGGUCGACUCCUCGGAGGAACAAGGCCAUCUGUCUGUCGACUGGAAAGAGGAAGGCCCGUCUCUACCCUCCGGCUCUCUGCCUGGCAGACAACGACAGUGACACCUUCAGUAGCAGCCCCAGCACGACUCCGAUGGGCAGCCAGGAGUCUCUGUCCUCACACUCCUCUGAGAAGAACGGAUUGUCUCAGACCUCUCCUCCGUCCUCUCCUGUUGCCGAACCCGACUCGUCCUCCACACCACCGGUGUCUCCUCAUGCAGCUUCCUCCUGCUCGCCGUCCCACAACUCCUCAAACGGGAAGGAUCAGAAACACCCGACAGACAACACGGCCUCCCCUCACCUUACGCCUUCCUGUCCCAGUACUUCCUCCCAGAUCACUCCGGCCCAACAGACUUCCUCUGUGUCCUCCUCCACGUCCUCUUUACUCUCCACAGAGAGGAGUCUGUCUGUCAAAGGAAACUCGACUGCCUCCUUGUCAUCUGUAAAAGAGUCAAGAUCUCCUUCCGUAGCCUCCUUGUCCACUGCCUCCAUCCAGCACUCUUCAGUGGAGCGCGCCUCCUCUCUCAGGGAGGGUCGACCUCUUCAGCGAGCGUCGUCUGUCUCCUCUCUGAAGAGCUCUCAUUCAGUCGAUCAAAGAAAUGCAUCCAGCGCCUCCUCUACUGUCACGGAAACCAAAGUGACUACCUCUCCUUCUCGGCAGCACAGAAAAACUUACAUGAAUGCCUCCUCCUCCUCUUCCUCCUCCUCUUCAUUAUUCCGCGACCAGCUUUCCAUGUCCUCCUCUCUGACCUCCCUACACAUUUCUGAGGAUUACAAAAGCUGUCACGGAUCGGUACAGAGUCUCAUGUCGCUGGACCCACAGGAGGCAACGUGCAAACGUAAACCUUCACACAUCCGCUGUGGCUCCGAUCUGAUUACAAAACACUCUGCUGCCGCCGCAUCCAGCAACGGUUACCAGAGACCUGGAUCAGUAUUAUCAGUCAGACUACCGCAGCGUGAGAGUUCAGUAUUCUCCUCGGCACUAGACGUAUGUUCCUCAGGAAGGGAUGCAAAGGCUCUCUACUCCUGUGAGGCAGAGCACAGCCAUGAGCUCAGUUUUCCACAGGGGGCGCUGAUCUCAAACGUGUACGCGUCUGUGGAACCAGGUUGGCUUCAGGCGACGUACAAUGGAAGAACAGGCCUCAUACCUGAAAACUACAUCACAUACAUGUGACAGACCCGAUGAUGACAUCACCCCCAUCACUGAAUAACACAAAGAUCUAACUUUGACUUUAGGGAUCUAAAGUGCAUCCAGUAAAACUCUGUGCUGCUAGUCAGAGAUCUAAUAUAUUCAUCAUGUGACUGUGACUGUUAUCACUGAACUACUGGGGCUGCAUGUGAACGAUGCAUUUACUGUAUGUAUAUCUGACUACUAUAUGUGAACCAUGUUAGGGGUUGUUAACCAGUUUAUAAUACAGUAGAUGUUAAAAUCUUGUUGUCUGACUUUAACUGCAUUCAUACAUGACGGUGUCACUUAAUCAACGUUAUUAUCUCCUCUUUUAUGUUAUGAAAUGUGUCUGUAAGGUACAUGUAGACAGUGUGUUUUCUAUCACAUCCUGAUAAUGUAUGUGUUUACUAUCGUAUUAAUGUUAUAGGCUGUGAGUCCAGAGAUGAAGUGUUCACACCUGUGCCUUGAACAGUAUGAACUGAUGGUCUAAGACUGAAUCCUUCCAUUACACCGUCCCUCUACUGUCUGUCAGUUUCUAUGCCGUCUAAAUAAAAGACAAGUACUUAACUUAAAAACGUGUAGUUGUAGUUUGCUUUAUCAUUAUUUUGUGUCUAUCAAAGUUUCCUUAAAGAUAUCUAGUUAUACUAUAUGCAGCUGUGCAAAACAAAUUAUUCUUUAUAUUCCAAAUAUCAGGGGAAGCUCUGUACGUUAGUUCUGCCAAGGUGCAUGCCUUUUUCUACAAAUUAUAUGUAUUCAUAUCCCUUAAUGUUGUAACGUGUAUCCAUGUGUGUGAAUGUAUAAUGAUGGACUGUAUUUGGUAGGUGAGGGAGGUCCCAUCAUCUUUUCUGUACUUUGUGUGCAUUAUAAACACAUAAACACAUAAUUAUACAAUUCACAAAAUACAUUUUAAUCUUAUGUCAUAUACUGUACAUUCUUAUUUUAUGUUGUCAAUGUUUUGUCACCACCGCUCUGUAUCGACAGUCAGUGUUGGAGAGCAGGCACUUAAAACUGUCUGAGCCGUGCAGCUUUAUGGCAGCGCUGCUGACGGGGUACUGAUCUCUGCCAGCCUCCUCAGCAGUCCGUCCAGCGUCUCUAUGUUCUGGGAUUUCUCCUCCAGCAGCUCGUAUCGCAGACUGGAGAUGUCCUGCUUGAUCUCUUUCAGUUCACCUGAAGAACAAUAGAAGAAAAAUACUAUAAAUGUGACAAGAAUAGCUUUAUAUUUAAAAUGGAUACAACAAGUGAAACAAGUUCAGUUUCAGCAUCAUUGUGUUGAUUUUUACCUUCGGUGAUCUCGUCACUCUCUUUGUCCGCUUGAGAUUUGAUGAUGUAACGCUUUAUUAGACGCUUCAUGAUCUUCUGCAACCAGAGAUGGAAAAAGUGCUCAAAUAUCUUAGAACAUGUAUAAUUUACAAUAUUAGAUAUAUUGGAUUAGAUAUAUAAAAGUCCCAGAUUUAAAUUCUCAAUUAAUUCUUGCAGAAAAUCAUGAUUUUAUUGCUGUACUAACGUGAAAAUGAAUCACGUUUUGU